AUGGCGGAACAAAUGGCGGUGCUGCAGCAGCUGCUGCUGGCCACGCUGGACCCCAGGCCUUCUGUGCGCCAAGCAGCAGAGCAGCAGCUAACUGCAGCAAGACAAACGGACUUGGGGCAGUUCGUGGGCUCAAUGGCUGCGCUGAUUGCCCUCGACCAGCCCCUCCCGGGGCCCCAGGGGGCCCCCGGAAGCCCCGAAGAUCUCCUCAUUGCGAAGCAAAUUGCUGCUGUUGCUUUCAAAAACUCCAUUAGUGCCAAGGAUAUGACCCUCGAUGGAGCUGCGGCGCAAGCUUGGAGGGCGCUGCCGAAUGCAACAAAGGCUGACAUAAAGAAGCAGCUGCUGGCAGCUUUGCGAACAGACUGCAUUCAGGUUGGCAAUGCAGUUUGCCAAGUCUUGGCGAAGUUGGGAGUUAUUGAACUUCGGUCUCACGAGUUCGAAGACCUGUUGCCCGCGCUGCAGGACAUGGUGCAGCAGGCGGUUGCGUGUCAGCAGCAGCAGCAGGAGCAGCAGCAGCAGCUCAUGAAGGCCUGCGGCCGCCACGCCCUCACCUGCCUGGCCUACCUUUGCGAAGAACUUGCAGACAUUGUCGCCGAAGGAGAAGAUCCUUCAGAAGUUCUUUCUCAACAAAGAUGCAAUGUGGUGUUGACAGCAGUUGCGCAUGGACUCAAGGAUCCCGACCCGCAGCUGAAGGUGGCGGCGUUGCGUGCUUUGUACCACGCACUGAUUUUCGCAAAGGAAAACUUCGCAAAAACGGAAGAACGGGACUACAUCAUUAGUUCUGUCUUGGAGGCCGGCAACGCAGCAAACCCUAGUGCUGUUCAAGUUGCUGCCUUGGAGUGCAUUGUGCAAAUCUCGCAAGAGUACUACUCGUUUUUGGGAGCCUACAUGCCGGCUGUGGGAUCAGUGACUUGGAAUGCGUUGAAAAGUUCAGACUCUGCAGUGGUGAUCGCUGCGCUGGAGGUCUGGAACGCGUUGGCUGAGGAAGAACUUGCAAUAAUAGAGGGAGAGUCGACGCGGUGGACUCUUCUGAACAUUAUGAAAGAAGCUACGCCUUUCCUUCUUCCCCUUCUCCUCGAGCAGCUUUUGAAUGCAGCAGAAGACGAGGACGACGAUGACAGCUGGACUCCAGCUAUGGCCGCCGCUAUUUGUUUGGGCCUCUGCGCACAGGUAGUGAAAGAUGCAAUACUCCCUCUCGUGAUAAAUUUUGUGCAGUUAAACUUUGGAUCCACUGAGUGGCGUAGGAGAGAGGCUUCGGUGCUGGCUCUCGGCUGCGUCAUGGAGGGGCCAAGCGCCGAGGCUAUGGCCCCCUAUGUGGCUAGGUCUUUUCCAAUUCUGGUGGAAGCAGUGGCCUCAGAUGCCUCUGUGGCCGUGCGAGACAGCGCAGCGUGGACCCUCGGCAAGACGGCCCAACAACACGCGCCAAUUGUGCUGCGGCAUUUGUUCCCUCCCGCCGACGUGUCGUCGACCACUUCCCCAAACAACAACGGCGGAGCGCUUCUGCUUGCCAUUGUUGAACGACUGACAGACCAGCCUAGGGUGGCAGUGCACAUCUGCUGGAUGCUGCACGAGCUAGCGGACAACAUCAACACGCCGGAAGGCAGGGCGGCAUACCAAGGAGAAGCCGCCACGCAGCAGCAAGACCAGACGCCGUUAGAUCCGAUCUUUCCAAAGCUGUGUGAAGCCCUUCUAAGUGUCUCAGAAAGGCCGGACGCUGAUGACAAGAAUUUGCGUGAAGCCGCAUUUAACUGUAUGGGGGCGUUGAUUAAAAAUGCAGGCAGCGCAUGCUGGAAUCAUCUACUUUUGCUUCUGGACCACUUUGAGGGCCAGUUGAGGAAAUCAUUUUCGUUUGAGCAGACGGAGCAAACAAAACAACGCCAAGGGAUGUUAUGCGGCGUCAUUCAAAUUCUGUGCCUGCGUCUGGGAGACCAAGUGAAGCCUGUCGCUGGAAAGCUGUGGAACACUCUCAAGCAGGUUUUCCAGCGACCUACACAUGGUUUGCAAGUCUCUCAAGGAGAGAGCAGUGCUGCUCCCAACAACGUGCAUGGGUUCAUCGUCAGCUCGGAGCCGAGCGUCUGUGAUGCGCUGCUUGCACUAUCUGCGCUGAUCAACGCCUCGGGCCCCGCGGUUUCCCCUUUCGCGGGUGAAGUGGCUGACCUGUUAGUUCUGCAAAUGCAGCAUCAACACGAGCCCCAAGAAGCAGCGGCCUCGGCAGUAGCUGCAACGGCCAGCACGCCAACUAAUGACAGCAGCAGCGCAGAUGAGUUGCAGGCUGCGCGUAUAUGCAUAGAGCUCGUGGGGGAUCUCAGCCGUGCACUUGGGACGGAAUUUGGGAGCCUCUCAGAUGCGCUUCUGCACGAGUUCUACCAGCUGCUGAGAGCCCCGUCAGUCGACAGAUCUCUCAAGCCAGUUGUUAUUGUUGCAGUGGGGGAUGUCGCUCUGAGCCUUGGGGGCGCCAAAUUUGCGCCUUUCACCCCGUGGCUGAUUGAACUGCUCGUACAGGCGGGAGUAACCCCUUAUGACGCGGGGCCUCCCAACUGGCAACUCAACGAAGAGUGGAUUUGGUAUGUGCAUGAGCUGCGGUCGGCAACUCUUGAGGCGCUGGCUAGUUGUGUGUACGCUCUAAAGGAAGCACAAUUGCAGGAGGUCCUGCGCAAAGAAGUGAAUGGGAUGCUGCAAGUAGUAAAGGCUGUUGCCGAGGCUCCGACUUGGGUGCACGGAUCUGCACAGAUGGUGCAGCAGGCGCUGGAGCUUACAGGGGAUCUUUUGUCGACAUUUGGUCGGACUUUGGGAGGUCAUCUGAGUACUGCAAGUUUCGUUCUUCAGUUGCAGAGAGAGGCUGAACGUCUUGCGACUGAGGAGGGCAAUGCCGCCGUUGGGGCGAAAGCUCAGUGGCUGGCCCAGAGAAUAGCUACGAUCCGAGGGUGUCGCGAGUGUGCGGACCUGCUGGACGGCACGCAGAGCUCUCUUAAGCACCAACACUUUAAGAGUGACGUUCUGUUGCUUGGAGAAAUGCUAUCUGGGGCGUAA